UGUAAGGUUUAGUAUUCGUUUGUGUCAUAUAUUGAUAAAUGAUUGAAUUGUUUUAAAAUAAUUAAUAUAAAUUUUAAAAAAUGGAGACUGAUCUAGACCUUGAAAUGUUUGAAUCUUUAAAUGAUGCAUUUCGUUAUGGAUCUUUUAAAUCUAAUGAACAACGCAAUGCAACAUGGACUGUACUGACAGAAACUUGUGAUGUAUUAAUUAAUUUACCUCCAGCAGCCGGGAAAUCUCUGUGCUUUCAAUUACCCGGUGUCAUGUUUCCUAAUAAAAUUACGAUAGUUAUUGUGCCAGAUAAUAAUACAUUAGAAGAACAAGUCGAAUAUUUGGAGAAUAAAAAGAUUGAUGUUCAGUUUUUUAAUUCAAAAUUUUAUAAGAAAAAUUUUGAAAAUUUUAUCAAUAAAUUAAAUGAUGGAAAUUCAGUACCACGAUUCAUCUAUGUCACCAUUGCAGUAUGCGCUUCGGAUUUAUUCAAAGAAUUAAUCAAAAAAUUGUAUGACAAGGAUUUGAUAUUAACGUUUGUUGUGGACGAAGCACAUUGUGCUAGUGAUAAAUCAAUAGAUUACAAUAAAUCAUAUAAAGAAAUAAUUCCAAUAAGAGAUAGUUGUCCAAAUGUACGUUUAAUAGCAUUGACUUCAAUUGGUACUGGAGAUAUUAACAAUGAUAUUAAAACUUCUUUAAAAAUGUUGAAUGCUAUUGAGAAUAAUGGGAGUUACAAUUGGAUUCGACCAAAUAUUUAUAUAGAUGUUAAGUUUAAAGAUAUUUUAGACCCUUUUGACGACUUGACACAGCUGAUAACUAAUUUUAAACAAGCUAUGGACAAUUUUUCGGGCAUUAUUUUUUGUCGUAAACGGGAAGAGACAAUAUUGGUUGCUAAUGAGUUAUCACGACGAGGGAUACCUACAGCCUCAUAUAGUUCAAAGCUGGAUCACAAUGAAAGAGUUAAAACCAAAAAAGAUUGGAUGAGAGGAAAAGUUGUGAUGUUGGCUGUAACUCAUGGUUUGGGAGUUGGAUUAAAUAAAUUUGGUGUUGGUUGUGUGAUACAUUGGUCUUUGCCAUUGACUAUGGAACAAUAUUACCGUGAUGUUGGUCGAGCUGGAAGAUUUGGUGGAAAAGCGCUCAGUAGAAUUUAUUUGGGAGUUGAAGACUGGAUGAAUGCUCAGUAUCUUAUGAUGGGAAAGUCUAGUCAUCUUUUUUCAAGUUUUGAAAACGUCCUUCAAUUUUGCGUCGCUGAUGCAUGCAGACAUGUUUUAUACUCAAAAUAUUUUGGAUUCAAUGCUGAGCCCUGCCAAAUGGCAUGUGAUGCUUGUGAACGUGAUAGUCAUUAUGAAAAAUCAUUGGAAAAAUUUAAAAUUUAUAACAAUCAACGUCGACUAUUACCAAAACAUUUAAAAUUACCAAUUACAGAAAUAUACAAACCCCAACCAAUUCGAAUGAUUAGAAGGGAAAAAGUAGAUGUCAGAGUUCACAAUUAUCGUCAAUUAGUUCUUGCGUUGAGAAAUAAUUUUAAAAGGGCAGAAAACUUAAAUAAAUAUAAUAGUCAAAUUGAACAUGAGAAUUUAUGUCGAUUAGCAAGAAAUUUAGAGUAUAUUGCAUUUUCAACAAAUCUAAAAAUGUCAAAAUACUGGAGUGCCAUACGUCGUGCGUCGAAGUCCAUUCAUGAUGACGCGAUAUCAAAAACUCUUUCUAAUUAUAUCAAAAAUUACAAAUUUAAAAGUGAAUAAAGAUUUUUAAAAUAUUUGAGAAUAAUUUUUUUGUGAACAGAGUAAUUAGUGUAGUACCUGUUUUUUGCAUGCUCCC